CAGAUCUAAUUGGAAGUAUGAUAAAACGUGAAAGAGUCAUGAAAAUAUAAUUUUAUAGGAAAUCAGUGAGUGAGACGGUAUUAAUAAGACGAAAUAAUAUUUAGUUUAAGCUGAAGUCGGAUUAAGUUUAAAUAAUUUAAGAUUAAAUACACUCUUUCUUAAAAAUAGUUGGACACAAAUGUAUAUAUCUACCUGCAGCGAACCAUCAAAUGACCUAGAUAAACCAGUACACACCUAGAAAAUCUCGACUGAAAUUCAAUUAGAUCGAAACACAUCAGACUUAUACCAAUUAAAGAAAGAUUCUGUAAUGAGUUAUAUUAUUUGACCAUUUUUUAUUCUACACAUGACCUUUUUUUAUUACUGUUUGAACAAGUAGUUUGCUUACAACUUCCUACUGGUGGUAAAGUAGUUCUUAACUAGUUAACUUGACAUAUAUGUAGUUAACUUGACAUGUAGGAUACUAUAUGUAUAUAUUUUUGUGUUUUUGUUUGUAUGCAUGUAUUGUGCGAAAUCAUAUUGACAAUAAGUGAAAAAAUGUAUGCACUUAUUGAAAAUGGUCCUGCUCGUUAACAAGACGAAAUAGCCACAUUGCUAUUUUCUUCGAAACGCUUAAGGCGCUCAUAGUAUGUUGUAAAAUGGUUGUUUUUACGAUGUUAAGUCCGUACUAUUACAACCCGGUUGAAACCAACUCGCACACUCCACAUAUGUAUAUACGUAUACGUAUAGAUAGGUAUAUGUAAUACACAUACUGCAUGUGGGACAAUAUUAAUUACAACAUCCCCAGAAGCAUGGUGAUUUAUAAGCAAAAUAUAUAUAUAUAUAUUUAUAGGAAAGGCGGAUGAUUUUGAAAAAGCAUUUCUUUGUUUGAUGUGGCAAUGACUUAAGAAGCUGCUAUUGAAAAAACAUGUUUUAAUGACCAUAAAAAUAAGAAUACAAAAUAAAAAAUAUGUACAUAUAGUAUACACAUACGACCUUAGUAAAGAAGUUCUACUAUAAAAAGACAUGAGCAAAGUCGCAGUAGCACCAGUGCAACUAAAUAUUACCUUUCAAACAGAUGGAUAACAAACAAUUUUGGAAUUAAAUCGUUGUAAAACUUUGCAUUUUCGAGAUUAAUAAAGAAAACAAAUAUGAAAUAUUUAUGAAAAAUAUUUUAAACCAACUGUUAGAGAUCAUCUCUAUUUAUUAUUGUAAUCAAAUUAGUGCCAUAUUUCUAAAAAUAUAUUUCUGAUAUACAAACUGAACUAAUAAAUUAUUGGAAAUGCAUCAUAAAGCAUUCGAAGUAAAUAUGUUGGAAAUUAAGAGUCAUAUAGGACAACAACAACAAUUUCAUGUAUUUUCAAUUUCACGUGAACGUAAUUAUUCCAUUAUCCCCGGCUCGGUACGAACACCACAAAAACAAUAUGCUUUGGUUUUAAUUGCAUUCAUACUGUUCCAACUUGCCGACUUACGUAUGUGUUGUCACAUAUCAGCAAACCGCCUAAUAUCAAAUGGCGCUGACGCACACUAUCUAAUAAAUGGGGCGCAUUCAACAGGUAUGAAAGCAAACAGUAUUGCCAUUGCAGGGAAGAGACCCUUUAGCAAUAAUAGCAAUGGUGAUACCGAAGAUAAACCAACUGUCAACAACAAACGACGCAUUGGUAGUGGACAGCCUGAGGAAAUUUUUAGUCUUGAUGAUCGGGUUGAAGCCAAUUAUGAUGAGUAUCCGAUGGUAGUACCGAAGCGAGCUGCUCUUUUAUUAGAUCGACUUAUGGUUGCUCUACAUCAUGCUCUAGAACAAGAACGGCGCAAAAUAAGCGAUUUUUAUGCGGACCACAAUAAUAAAUACGCUAAAAACGCCAACAUUAGGGAGGAUAAUGAUCAUAGUAAUGAUGAUGAUUAUGAGCAAAUUAAUGGUAAUCAUAUGUACAGCGAUGAUGAUCCUUCAGUUGUAAUGGAUUACGAUUUCAAAGAUUUAAAUUCGAUAAAUCGUGCCACUGGCGAAACUUUAAUGGCAAAGAGCUUUCAGAGAAGAGGAAGCAAUGACUUGGAUUUGGGAGAAAACCUUGGCAACGUCGAAGAUGUGGCUAUGCUUACGGGUCCUGCAGCAACAGAUGACGAUUCUGGUGGUUUAAGUGGUAUUGUUGGUCGAAAUGGAAUCGGCAAUGGAGGACGUAUGUACUGGCGUUGUUAUUUCAAUGCAGUAAGCUGCUUCUAAAACAAAAAAACUUAAAAAUGAUUUAAAUAUGAAAUAUCCAUAUGUGUUUGAAAAGAGAUAUAUUCGAAUGUUACGUACGUGAAUAUAUACAUAUGUACACUUACUAUGUACACACAUAUUGCACUAUAAAUGUGAACAUACACACCUUGCUCAUAUAUAUAUAUAUAUAUAUAAAUAUAUAUAUAAAUCCCAUGCUUAAAUGAUAAACUAGCAGAAUACCAUAAAAGACAUAUUUUCUGGCAGUACCAAAUUUAUUCCACAAUACUCUUAAUUAUGUAUGUAUUAGACGGAAUUGCGAAAAAUUAACUCAACAUUUCCAUAAAUAACAUCCGUUAAUCAUAGGUUCCAUAAUGAUAUUUUCACAAUAAAAAGCAAGGGUGUGCAUAUACAUAUUUGCAACCCUUAUAAAUUAUUAAUAUAUUAUAGGAUAUAGAUGUGACACCUAUUUCCAUUCAAGUUAUAAUAAAUUUAUUUGUAAAAAAAAUGUGUUUGAGUGGCUUCUCAUUUGAUUAAUUUAUGGCAUACAUUGUGUCUGUUACAAAAAUAAGUAUUUAUCUAAGUCAUAUAUUAGCAGCGCGAAACAUGGUCCAAAAAAGUUAACUUGAAUUAUCUACACGAAGAAAUUAUUAUAAUAGAAUGAAACAUCAAAUGUGUUGCAUAUUUUUAUGGUGCAAGUUACAGUGAACGUGAACAGUAAGUUUUGAUAAAUUUUUAAAAUGAACACUAUGCCAUGGUUUACACUGAUCUUAUAAUUAAUUUUUUAACUUUUAUUUUUUAUACAAUUUAUUGCAUAGCUUAUAUUAAACUUACAAACAUAUAUUUUACCUAUGCAAAUAUGUUUUUUGCAGACUGCUUUGUAUGUGAGACGCCAACCGUCUGCCGCGAGGCAUCGAAAACUGCUACAACUGCAUUUAGCUACAAUAAAAAAUAAAAAAAAAUAAAUAUCGGUUGAUAAAUAAAAAGUCCAGAUUUUCGCUUAUUUUUCAACAGUUUUGACACCAAACAAAUAUUUAUUAAUCCGAUUCUUGGAACUUUUCUGUACAUUCUUCUGAUAGUAUUAUGAAUCAAUAACAUUUUCACAACAACUCCAUUUGUGUUCAAUUAUAAAAUGCUGUGUUGCUAGGAAAUUUGGUUAUCUUAUGAAAAUGUUUAAUCGUUAUUGCCAAAUUAACGUUUUAUAUAGUUAACUUUUUGAUCUUUUUCAUUAUAAUUGUAUUCAGUUUUCAUC